AUGUUCGCACACUGGAUACCAUCAGACCCUCAAUAUGUGCAAGCACUAGAAUACUCCAGUCAACAGCACUUUAUUCGUGUAGUUGAGGAACUAGAAGGAUUAGUUGUUCAAUACCUGUUCAAGUUGUCAAAGGUGAAUCUUUCUGGCACAGGGUACAAGAUGCACAAGUACAUAUCCAAAGCAAUCACACAACGAUCUUCUGCAAUUUGUAUGGCACUUGACGGAUAUAACAAGCUGGCACCUCUGCAAGUCCCACCUCAACCAAUCCUUGAUUAUGCUGAAGUCAUAGGAUAUGCGGCUUUAGGAGAAUUCACACUCCUGAAGCAUUCACAUCAUAAUUUACUUAUGAGGCCAUGGGCUACACCAGAAAAUUGUGAGAUGGCAGCAAAGUAUUUCAAAGUCUUAUGCUCACAUGAAGAGAUCACACACUUGAACAUUGAGAUAGGGAGACUUCAUGCUUGGAUGGAGUUUGAGGAGAAAAGCAUGAUCUCUGCAAUAGCUGCACUAAACUGCAAAACCUCACCCCUCCUAGCAUCUGAGUUGCAGAGGCAAUAUGCUGCACAAUGCCAUGUUAACAAUAUUCACUGUGCCCACCUACAGAGUGUCUGUCUGUUGGAUGGUUAUACUGGUGUGCUACAUUCAACACUUUCAUCACAGGAGUUGACAGAGGAGGAAGAGGAGGAAGAAGAGUGUAGCGAUGAGGUGCACAAAGAGGCUACAAGACUCACAGAUGCUAUUACUCAUAUCAUAGUGUAG